AGAAUCGCUCUCGAAGUGUCAUCGUAUGACAUGACACAAGAGCAGAGAGAUCACCUUCCUAGUUUUAUCACAAGAAUCGAGCUUCCUUCUUCGUUCUCUAGCGUUACCUAGGGUGCGUUCGAGUGUGUUUCAUCAAAGCAAGCGCCUUCCCAAUGUCGGCGACAGCGCAUCGAUCGCAUCUAGCCCAUCAUUCUUCAUACCAUCGAGCGCUACGGACGGUGCUCGUCCGCGUGAUGGCUUCCAUACGCCCGAAUCGGUCCACCGGGCAGACCAAGAAACCCUCCAACAAACCGGGCAGCGCGAAGAAGCGCCCCACAUCGAACGUGUUCAGCGUGCUGGAGCAGCACCAGGUGGCGGAGUUGCGCGAGCUGUUCAACCUGCUCGACACGAGCCACGCGGGAGUGGUCGGCCGGGAGGAGCUGCGCGACAUGCUGACCGUGUGGUACGAGCGGGCCCCGACCGAGCAGCUGCUGGACGAGCUGAUGGCCGAGGCACGCGAAUUGCCGCUCAACUUUACCCUCUUCCUGACGCUGUUUGCGCAGAAGCUGCGCGAUACCGAUCCGCCGGAUGUGCUCCAGAACGCGUUCCGCUGCUUCGACAGCAACGGGGACGGGACGGUCGAUGCGGAGGAGCUGCGCCUGUGGCUUACGACGAAGGGCGAUCAGCGGCUGACGGACGAGCAGGUGGACGAAAUCUUCUGCCGGCUGGUGCCCGAGAAUGGGCGGGUGAAGUAUGACGCGUUGGCGAACCUCUUUCACGACUGCUAGGGUAGGAUCGAAGAUGGCUGUGGUUUGUUUUCAGUUGUGCGGAAUUGUCGCGAAGUGGCGAAACGUCGUGCGACGUUUAGUAAACCGCUCCGGGUAAAAGUGCCAUCAUCCUUGUGCGUGAAAUUGUUGUGAGCCUGUGCUGUUUUCAUUGAUUCACAUUAAAAAUGAACAUUAGUGUCCGGAAAAAUACCCACUACCCCCCUUCGAGUUCGCUUUCUGUUUCAAGUUCAGUUUCACCAGCGUUUUUUUGUUUUUGGUAGUAGCUGCUCGAAUACGUCCGAAAGUGGGUGAAAUUGGCAACCUCGAAUGUUUAGCAAAUUAUGAUUGUGUCGCAGUGUGGUUCAAGGUGCAGGCAGAGUGUGCGCAUUUCCGUAAACAACAAUCCAUCCACCGAACCGUGCACACACAGAGAGGAAGAGGCCACUUACAUGAGCAUGAAGUUUCACCUGUUUUAAUCAAAUGGGAAGUGCACCCCGGCGGACCGUACGGAAGCGUCUUGUAACACACGUGUGAUUGUGAUUUAUUUAAACAUCUUCAAUUUUCUCCUUUCCCCGCCUCGCGCAAGUCGCAUUUUCAUCAUUAUCCGCUUUAUCGUGCCGUUACGCACCAUACCACACUAGUGAUGGGUAAAGAUGGCAACAAUCCGGAGUCGACUCCGAUCCGACACCGAUAAAAUUAGAAUCGACUCCGGAAGGUAAAUCUGCCUUGCACUAGGAGUCAUACGGAAUCGUCUGGAGUCGUUCGGAGUCAUCGGAAGUCGGAGUCGUCCGUAGGCAUUCGAAAUAGGAGUCGUCCGGAGUCGUCCGGAGUCGCUCGAAGACAUUCGGAGUCGGAGUCGUCUGGAGUCAUUGGGAGUAAGAGUCGUCCGUAGUCAUUCGUAGUCGAUCGGAAUCCUCCGAAGUCGCUCGGAGUCGUCCGGAGUCGUCCGGAGUCGUCUAGAGUCGAUUGGAGUCGUCCGGAGUAAUUCAGAGUAGUCCGGAGUCGCUCGGAGACCUUCGGAGUCGGAGUCAUUCGGAGUCGUUUAGAGUCCAUCGGAGUCGUUCGGAGUCAUUCGGAGUUAUCCGGAGUCGUUCGAAGUCGUCCGGAGUCGCUCGGAGACAUUUGGAUUCGGAGUUGUCCGGAGUCAUUGGGAGUAAGAGUCGUCCGUAGUCAUUCGUAGUCGAUCGGAAUCCUCCGAAAUCGCUCGGAGUCGUCCG